AUGAGGCUGUCACUCGUUUAUCUUGCCGUGUUCGCGGCUCCAUCCCUCGUUCACGGACGCAGACACAGAUGCUCCCGGUCCACCCCCCUUUCAUCAGCUGCUGCCACGCCAGACACCAGCAGUGGAUGGACUUCCACUCCUUCAGCCAGCGUCUCCCCUUCGUCUGUCAUCAUCGCCUCCUCCUCGACCCCGGGGUUAAGCGAUAGCUCUGCAGUCAGCCCAUCAGCCUCGGCGUCCACACCCAGCAGCUCUGUGCCUACUACUUUCAGCACCGGAACUACUCCCGCUGGAACACCAUCUUUAAUUGAAGUUUCUUCUACACCAUCUUCAACUGAUGUUUCCUCUACACCAUCUUCAACUGAUGUUUCCUCUACGCCAUCCUCAGCUGAUGUUUCCGCUACGCCAUCCUCGAGCUUGUCCUCGCCUUCUCUGGGGACGAUGCCCAGCGCUUCGCCAGUGUCCAGCGAGUCUACCACGCCUGUUUCAUCCACGGUUAUAAGCUCUUCCUCCUCCAGCUCCGCACCAGCCGCCACCCCGACCGCUUGGCAGUUACAGUCAAGUGGCGCCAACAGCGGUUUCGCGGGCUCCUAUCUCCUUGGUAACAACCAAAACCACAAUGCGCCCUAUUUCUUCAGCCCCCAGGUCACCGUUCCCGACUACUUCGAGAAGCUCAAUUUCUACAUUGAACCCGGGACGGGCCAUCUCUUCUGGGUCACCGACGGCGUGAACAAUCGAUAUCAAUUCUUCACAUCUUACGACGAGUUUGAAGAGAAUGGGGAGUACUACUACAAUGUUAACCCGGGUUACGUUUCUUGCUACGACAUGGCAGUAGGUGUCGGGAGCAUACACACGCAGCCCCUCGUGUGCUCCCGAACUGGUGCUUCAUUCAGCUGCUCCGCCAAUACACCCGGUGGCGUGUUCAGCCACUUCAUGAUCAGAAGCUCUCAAACUUCAUCUUACAUGAUUAGCUUUGGGAGUUCCAUCCCUUCAGGUUGGCAGGAGGUUACCUUUGCAGCCGUUGAUAUCUAUUAG